CUCAAACCUGGAGCGUCUGCAACACUUUGCAAGGGCACCGAAGAGGGGGCACGUCAGCGCUCCGACUUCCUCCCUACGCCGCCUCUGAUUGGCUCCUGGGCAUAUAAGAAACCGGUGAAUAAGCGGCUGACCCUUGCAGAAACUUGCUGGAGGGCUUUGGGUGGCAUAGACCUUUCCUCCCUCGUCCACUCGCGGGCCAGCCGAGCCGGCGGAGGAUGAGGUCGUCCUGUGUCCUGCUCACCGCCCUGGUGGCGCUGGCCGCCUAUUACAUCUACAUCCCCCUGCCCAGCUCCGUGUCCGAUCCCUGGAAGCUGAUGCUGCUGGACGCGACUUUUCGGAGCGCACAGCAAGUGAGCAACCUGAUCCACUACCUGGGCCUGAGCCAUCAUCUGCUCGCACUGAAUUUUAUCAUCGUUUCUUUUGGGAAGAAAAGCGCAUGGUCGUCUCCUCAGGUGAAGGUGACCGACACUGACUUUGAUGGUGUGGAGGUCAGAGUGUUUGAGGGCUCCCCAAAGCCAGAAGAGCCUUUGAAACGCGGCAUUGUCUACAUCCAUGGAGGAGGCUGGGCUUUGGCCAGUGCAAAAAUCAGGUAUUAUGAUGAACUGUGUACCACAAUGGCUGAAGAAUUGAAUGCCGUCAUUGUCUCCAUUGAGAUCUGGGAAGGGCUGGUCUCCCAAGUCACUUGGGCAGCUGUGAUCCUGGAACAGAAGACAUGGAGUCACACGGUGCUGUGUCCAGAGUUGGCUUCCUGGUCAGCUCUGGACAGCUCCCAGCCUUCCCUGGCCUCUCCACACACCACCCAGCUCACUCGAGGGCCCUCAGUGCAGUUUUAUAAUGUAGGAACCUUCAGAUACAGGCUAGUUCCAAAGGUCUAUUUUCCUGCGCAAAUUCACGACGUUGUAUGUGCCACGAAGUAUUUUCUGCAGCCGGAAGUCUUACACAAGUAUUCAGUUGACCCAGGAAGGGUUGGCAUUUCUGGUGACAGUGCUGGUGGGAAUUUGGCCGCUGCUUUGGGCCAGCAGUUUGCUCAAGAUGCCAACCUCAAAAACAAGCUCAAAGUGCAAGCUUUAAUUUAUCCAGUUCUUCAAGCUUUAGAUUUUAACACGCCCUCUUACCAGCAAAACGUGAACACCCCAAUCCUUCCCCGUUAUGUCAUGGUCAAGUGCUGGGUGGACUACUUCAAAGGCAACUAUGAUUUUAUCCAGGCGAUGAUCAUUAACAACCACACUUCGAUGGACAUGGGAGAGGCAGUCACCCUCAGGGCCCGUUUAAACUGGACGUCCCUCUUGCCUGCCUCCAUCACAAAGGACUACAAACCUGUGGUGCAGCCCACGGGCAACGCCAGGAUUGUGCGCGAGAUCCCUCAGCUGUUGGAUGUCCGCUCGGCCCCGCUCAUUGCAGACCAGGAAGUCCUGCGGCACCUCCCGAAGACCUACAUUCUGACGUGUGAGCAUGACGUCCUAAGAGACGAUGGGAUCAUGUAUGCAAAGCGUCUGGAGAGCGCAGGGGUGGCGGUGACCCUGGAUCACUUUGAGGACGGCUUCCACGGAUGCAUGAUUUUCACCAGCUGGCCUACCAACUUCUCAGUGGGAAUCCGGACUAGGAAUAGUUACAUCAAGUGGCUGGAUCAAAACCUGUAAAAGAGGAAAAUUUCCAGAAUCUUGACCUCCUGCACCUGCUACGGAAAGAGAUGCACUUUUUAGUUGACUACUUUCCCCUUGUUACUUGUGACUUAUGAAAUCUCCGUUCCCUGCAGACUUUAUGUUAAUUUAAUUUUGAAAAUGUGUUUGGCUAAUCUAAGUACAAAAUAUCUGAAUCUCAUUCCCCAAGUGGGUCAGUCUCUCUGUCCUUGGUUUUUUCUUUUUUGUUUGUUUCUUUUUUUUUUUUUUUGGCCCAACUACCACCAGUACUCAUGGCUGCAGAAAGCAGGACUAGCAGCUGAAAUAGCUUUGGGUUCUGUCUUCAUCAAGAAAUUCUUUCUAGAAGAAAUUCUUCCAGCUGUGGAUGGCAUAUGUGGGCUCUUUAGCAUGUAGGGUUUACUUUAAACUCAGAGCAAUAUUACUUGUCUGCACCUUAAGGUCAGUGCGGGGUACCAAGUGCCCUCGUUCUUUAUGGAUAGACAGUUUUGUUUCCUAUGGGAAUUUCGGCAAAUGUGUUCUAGCAAGGACAAGCUUCUCAAAUGGCUUUCUUCCUUUAGAGUGUUAAUUUUAUGGGCUAGCUGUCUGUAAGUCCAGUCGGAUUAUGAUGAUACUUGAAAGUUACUUCCUACCACUAUUACUGGAAAAUAUCAGGUUGCAUGUAGUGGAUAGCUGUACAUUGUGAAGUUUCUUGGUUAUGCUAUUUCCAUGGGGGAGAUCUUUUGGGAGCAAAUUCAUGUAGAUUUAGGAUAAAUUUACCAUUACAGAAACAAGUAGAAACAGACAAAUGAACUAACCUAUUUAUUUUCACAAUGAAUACUUCUGACAUAAAUUACCAAGAGCAGUGUGUAUGUAUUUGGCAUAGUCAGAAAAGAAGAUACAUUUAAUAUUGAAAUUAUGAAAAAUACCUUUAGAGGGUCUAGUUUAUUCUUGAAAACUCAACUUUUUCACUUACAUGGCUUUAAAAUGGGGCUAUUUUGGUGUAUAUAUAUAUAUAUAAAUAUAAUGUAUUGUUUAUUUUUUUAAGUUAUUUAAUGUUAAUAGAUACAGCUCAACUUAAGAUUUUUCAGAAUAACAUCUAUAAUGAAUAUUAAAAAUAACAAUAUUUUUAAAAAACUACCAUGGAAUUAUGUCCACAUGUAAUUUUAUGGAAAGAGGUGAAGUAGCUAUUCCUACUACUAUACAUUAGGCUUAAAUGUUUUGAUGUCUAUAUGCAUAUAUGAAUUAAAGAAAUUAGAAACUGUGA